GCAAGUCCAAAAAAAAAAAAAAAAAUAUUCUUUCUAAUUAUGGCUUAUGAGAUUCCCAUAAUUCAAUAUAUAUGUGGUUGUUUAGGCGCCUGAAUGAAUCACUCUGUGGCUUGGAUUGGAUAUUGGAAGGCCUAGAUUGUUGGGUCUUCCAGACAUUGCCUAACAGUUGAACCUUUUGGCUGGUGGAGAUAACAAGAAGCACAACAUGGCUCCGAAUAUGAGAGAGGAAGAGGCAGCAAGGCAGAAGGAAAUCGAUGAUUGGCUUCCGAUCACUGCCAAUAGAAAUGCCAAAUGGUGGUACUCGGCUUUCCACAAUGUCACCGCCAUGGUUGGCGCUGGUGUUCUCAGUCUGCCUUAUGCCAUGUCACAUCUUGGAUGGGGACCUGGUGUCACUGUUCUUUUUUUGUCAUGGGUGAUCACCUUCUACACUCUAUGGCAAAUGGUUGAGAUGCACGAAAUGGUUCCGGGUAAGCGGUUUGAUAGGUACCAUGAGCUUGGUCAGUAUGCCUUUGGUGAAAAGCUUGGACUUUGGAUUGUGGUGCCUCAACAGCUAGUUGUUGAAAUUAGUACAGACAUUGUGUACAUGGUCACUGGAGGGAAAUCAUUGAAGAAGUUCCAUGACAUAGUUUGCCCCAACUGCAAAUCUAUCAAGACCACUUACUUCAUCAUGAUUUUCGCUUCUGUGCACUUUGUUCUGUCUCAUCUCCCCAACUUCAACUCUAUUUCCGGUAUCUCACUGGCUGCAGCAGUCAUGUCCUUAACUUACUCAACUAUUGCUUGGGUAGCUUCUGCUGCAAAGGGUGUUCAACCAGAUGUGGACUACAGUUACUCGGCCAAAAGCGCAUCUGGAAUCACUUUUAACAUCUUCACCGCGUUGGGUGAUGUAGCAUUUGCCUAUGCUGGUCACAAUGUGGUUUUGGAAAUCCAAGCAACAAUCCCUUCUACUCCAGAGAAACCUUCAAAGGGCCCCAUGUGGAAAGGAGCGGUUGUUGCAUAUAUCGUUGUGGCCCUUUGCUACUUCCCUGUUGGUCUGAUCGGGUAUCGGAUGUUUGGAAAUUCUGUUGAGGAUAAUAUCCUCUUGUCACUACAGAAACCUAAUUGGCUUGUUGCAGCAGCUAACAUGUUUGUUGUUAUCCAUGUCAUUGGAAGCUACCAGAUAUUUGCUAUGCCAGUGUUUGACAUGAUGGAAACUUUUCUGGUGAAGAAAUUGAAGUUCAGACCAUCUUAUACACUCCGAUUUAUCGUUCGCAAUUUAUAUGUUGCGUUUACAAUGAUGGUCGGGAUUAUAAUCCCUUUCUUCGGUGGCCUCCUUGGUUUCUUUGGAGGACUUGUUAUGGCCCCAACAACAUACUACCUCCCCUGCAUCAUGUGGCUCAUCAUCUAUAAACCCAAGCGUUUCAGCUUUACUUGGAUAGCCAAUUGGAUCUGCAUUGUGCUUGGUGUGGCAUUGAUGGUUGUAGCACCUAUUGGUGGACUAAGGACUAUCAUCCUUUCAGCCAAGGAUUACAAGUUCUUCUCAUGAACUAAAAGUGGCAUUAGUUCCAAUUUUCACCAAAUUUCCCUGAACCCAUUUGUCAUUAAUCGAAUAUUGAUAACCAAAAACCAAUGCUUCCAUAGUGACUACUGUGCACGCCCCAAAAAAGAAAAAUCUGGGCUUGGAAGAAGAAAACGCUUGUUUAGGGCUUUUUUCCCUCUUCUUUUUGGUUUAUCACACAUUGAGUCCUUAGCGACACAAUUCUUUGUGUACAUGUGUUUCUAGGAUGAGGUAUGUGAGUCCCUUUUUCUUUUUUUAUUUUAUUUUAGCAAUUGUCACCAACAAUUGGA